GCGAGAUCGUGAGGAGACGGUAGCGCCGCGGCAAUCACGAGAGGCAAAUUUUUAAUUUUUCAAGGACCUGUGUGAGGUCAGCCAGCGCGACGCCGCGCGAUGAUCCGCCACCUGUGCCUGCUCGCCGCCGCGGCGGCACCAACAACACAGAACGCCACGCGCCAGCUCGACGCCUACGAGCCGCCGCCGACCGAUUUAAGUAGGGCGUGCGCGUCGUGGCGACCAGAUAGAGAUGGAAUUGAUAGAGUGCGCACGAUUCGGGCGGGCAACUUCGUGAACCUGGCGCACGCGACGGGCGGCGCCUUCGUCGCAAGUGUCUCAAAGGUCCGCCGCCCCCCGAAAGGCCAGAACUGCCGCGUUUUAUACGAGUUGGAGGUCAUAUGUCGCGUCUCUGCUGCGCGAGUUUGUCCCUCUGCAUCUCGAUAAAUUUGUAGGCUAUCUUGCGUUCCUGCUCGUGGUCGUCGCGUUCGCGCGUGGUCUCC